AUGAUGAAUGGGUAUGGAGAAUCACUCGAUUACUGCUAUAGUUCGUUAAAUGAUAUAAUAAACUGUCAAGAAUCUACAAUGGGAGACUUUAGAACCCAAAUGUCGGUUCUUUUGUUGUCAGGGCCUAUUGUUCUUGCUUUGUGUAUUGUGCUUAUAUUUCCUUUUUACUAUUCAAUUUUUAAAAUCGAAAAUGAGUUUUGGAGUAAUGUCAGAAAAAGUGUUUGUACCUCAUAUUUUGACUACAAACAAGCAAUUUUAGAUAGAUUAAGAGACGUCCACUUUGAGGAAAAUAUUACAUUUUCCAAUCAAAAACCUUCUAAAAAUCCAAGCACUUUUAAAAGCUAUUCAAGGUAUUUUUGAAGAGCGAUUAUUUAUUUUGCAAUUGUUUCUUGUUUUUGCUUAAUAAAUGUCUUUUAUCUUUAUGAUCAAUGUGCAAAAUAUCUAUCUAAUCGGCCUGAGGUUAUCAAGAAUUUAAUUCAAUCACAACUCUUGUAUACAAACUUAGUUAUAUGAACAUUUCAAACCGCAUCAAAUAUGUGGGGUUAUCCAUUUUGCCUGAAAUUUCCUUCUGGAUGCCCUUUUCCUCAAUCUGACACCAAGCUUAGCGAGAUUCUAACAAAUAUCCAAAUCACAGCCUUAGCUUUAAGAAAUCCCAAAUUUUCCGAUAUUUUAUCUCAAGAAUUUAAAAAUCUGUUAUAUAAAAACAAUCCAGAAUUUUCAAAGGAUUUUUUUGAGUUUGGAACUUAUUCAGCUCAGAAUAGCUUAAAGUUUGAAAUGCAUGCUCAUGCGUAUGUAAGUUCUCCUCCAAUUGAAUUAUUAACUUUCAUGUGAGACACACUGUAUAUCGCUGAUUUUUAUGAUAGAACUGUAACUGAAAUUGAUGAUUAUUCAAAAAGUGUGAUUAAUAAUCAAAUGAAUAUUAUUGCUAUUUCGCUAGCUGGCUUUGUUUUAUGCACAUUUGUAGCUUAUAUUGGAUUUUAUUUGCCUUUUUUCAAAUAUGAAAAAAAAUAUUUGCAAAAAAUAAAUUCGAUUCUUAAAAUCAUACCUAAUAAAUAA